AUGGAGACGGGGCCACACCAGUAUAAUACUCAGGCCCUGGAAAAAUUACAACUAGAUGGCUUCCCAGCAGGAGGUGAGGCAGGGAGCACACACCACAAGAGAGUGAAGCAAACCAAGGGAACACCACUCACCAUCACAGUCAUGAACAGACCAGUGGUGGCGUCGGAGAGGAGAAGAGGUGGUGACGGUGACAGGCCUCUCAAACUUGGUGGGUAUCUGAACACAGCGCAGAUUGGUGCACCUUCGGAAAACACCACUUUGUUCCCCCCUUCCUCGGUGCAGAAGGACUCAGAGGAAUGGAGGCAGGAAGUACUCAAAAUGAAUCUCAGUGUGAAUGAAAAUGUACCAGUGAACGUUAAUAUACCAAUAGAAAACGCUACCUUAUUCCGCCCUUCCUCGGUGCAGAAUGGGGAGGACACAGAGGAAUGGAGGCACAACAUACAAGUGAACCCCAGUGAAAAGGUUGUAAAUGUAAAGAAAGUGAAUGUACCAUCAGAAACCACCAUUUACUCAGACCAGAAUGAGAAGGAUGGCCAGAACAAGAAGGACAUGGAAGAACAACAAGAACAGCAACACAACAUAUCCAAAAUGCUGAAGAGUGCACUGUUGACCCCUUACAAGCACAAUGCAGGGGUAAAUAUCACUGCAAGUCAUCCUGGUGAGCAGAGUGGUGACAUGGGGGAGAGGAGUGGUGGUGAUAGUCCUGGUGUUUCAUUUGGAGCCACAACUGAGAGAGGCACCACCAGAGGCACCAGGAGAGGGGCCAUGAGGGGCAGUGAUGUGGUGUGGGGUAGUGAGGACGGUGUGGUGCAUUUGGAGAUGAGACCAAGACACAGACCGACUCCCAGACCAGUGACUAGAAUAAGGAAGCCAUUGAGAGGUGAAGUGACACAACCACCAUCACCGCCGCCACCACCACCACCACAUCAAACAGCUGACUCACCAAGCACUCACACGCCAGAAUUGUCAACACUUGUACCUGGAGUGUGGACGACAAGCACACCUGAAGCUGAGGCAGACACACCUGUGGAGAUGCUAGCAGGUGUGGCAGGGCUAACGAGUGCUGAGAACAUAGAUACAUUAGAUCAGACACCUGAGGAAGUGGAGACAAGUACAGGUGGUAAUGAUGUCACCUUCCUACCUGAUGAGUGGCUGAGCUCAACACUGCAGGAGGACUGGCUGACAUUUACCGAGAUUGACACACAAGAUCACUCCACCUCACCACCUGCAACACAUCUCCCGCUACCCCCGGCCCUCACCUCCUCUCUGCCCCCGUCACUCACACCCACAUUCCCCCCAUCACUGCCCCCAACACCCUCCCCACAGGAUGCAAUAGAGGACAGUUUUAGAAUCACCACCAGAGGGCUUGACUUCCUUCUCGAGGCAUCACCGACUGGGCAGACUCCAGACACCACAGAGCUGCCCAAGGACGACCUCUUCACCCUUGACCUCACCAUCACCACCACCAGGGAAGGGCUGAAGGUGGAGGCCCGUGAUGUGACCCUUGACCCCAGCCAGAUAGCCAAGGCCACAAGUUACGAAGGGUCGAGUUAUCCCACGGCAACCAGAAGUGCUACAGUCACCACUACUUGGGUGGAUGAGCAGAAGGCAAGCAGUGGGAUGGACUCUACAGAAACACCUGAUUUGAACCCUUAUGACACAGCUGUGGAGUUAGUGGAUAGUGACACUGAAGCUACAGAGAUUCAUGAUGUGGAUGUUACUACUGUCUAUCCAUCCACUAUUGAAGGUAACACUGAGACAACACCUAUACUGUUCCAGGCAAGCUCAGAGGAGGAGGUGACAGAGAGCCCAGCACACACCAGAUACAAGACACAGAUUGCCAACACAAAGGAAGGCAGAGCACAGAAUCUGACCAGAAAUGAGACACAGAACACCGCACGCAGUCUCAGCUUUCCUGUAGCAGCAAACGUGAUGGAGAUGAACGAGAGCGUCACCAAAGGGAGCGAGAACCAAGACGUCGUGUAUGAGAUCCCGGUGGUGACGAGAAACGCCGGGCCACAGCUGAGUGCAUCGGUGGUGGUGGCGCUGUCUGUGUGCUGUGCCGUGGUGCUGGUGCUGGCGGCUCUCAGCGUGGCUCUGUGGGUCUGCCGGCGCCACAAAAACCGUAGCAAGAUAUACCUGAGUCGCGAGGCUGCCAAACCCCGCGCUUUCUUCACCCGGCCGAUGAAUCCUGCCGUGCUACCGGAGGACAGCGAUCGGGAGGACGCGGUGUACAUGCUUGAGUUCCAGCGGCCAAGACCUCCCAUCCUGCUCGGCGAUGACCACAAGGGGAUCUAUUUCAUCAAGCGGGAGGACGGGGAGGAGGAAUGCAGGGCAGGAAUGGGCGUCGAGAAUGAGGCUUUUUCCGACGUGCCCUUGGGUGAAGCUGAUGAGGUGCGGACAAGACUCGACCCGCCAAAGUACGAGCAAAGGAGCAAACAAGACAGCGAUGCAGAUUCUGGUAUACGUGUCUGGUCCUCUACUGGGUCCCUCCAUGCCGCCGCCUCCCCCCUCCCGGCGCACUGCAGGGUCCCACCACCGCCCUACUCCCCCUCCAUCAGCAAGGAGUCUGUCUGUCUGGCCGUGCACUCCCUGCCUUCCUUGCCAAGAAAUUCUCAGCUUUUUGAUGUGUGAAGGUGUUUGUGUUGUGUCUCCCUGUUAUAAGUGAUUUGUGUGUGUGUGUGUGUGUUGGAAAUCUGUGUUUUAUUAAGUUCUUUGUGUGAGUGAUCUGUUUUUUGUGUGUGUGUGUGUGUGUGUGUGUGUGUGUGUGUGUGUGUGACAGUUUUCAUUCAGGUGCUAAGAAGUCUCAUAUUACCCGGUGGUUGUGUGUGUGUGUGUGUGUGUGUGUGUGUGUGUGUGUGUGUGUGUGUGUGUGUGUGCAUGUGUAUUCUAUAAGCCUCAAAACAAUCUCAAGUACAUAGGCAUUUUCUCAGCAGUGUUUGAGUGGGGCAAGCACUGUGGUGGUGAGCCAGUGUGGUGCUUGCCUUGUGUGUGGGGCGGAGGCUGCAAGGCGUGUGCAUCAAGACAAAUGACACUAUUUUCUUUAAGCAUGGUGUAAUGAUAGCAUAAUUUUCAGUACGAAGCAAUCUCAGCAUAUAGUUUUAAGUGUUUUCCUCCCACAUUGAUGAUCUCCAUUAAUUCUCUGUUAUCUGUAAAGUAAUAGUACAGUAGAGUGUCUUUUCCACUUUGGUUACAUUGAGUAGAGAGCACAGUUCCUGUUUGACGCUUAGGAAAACUCUAGUGUUUAUGUUUGUGUUAAAAGACAAUCUCUUCAUGUACUGCUUGCCACACGCUUCCCUGUGCGUUGUGUUGCCGUGUGAUUCCAGCAGUGUUGUCCCUGGUGGUCAGUCUGUACAUAGCAUGUGCUGUUCCUUUGGCACCACUGUGUGUUGUGGUGUGUGGCGCCCGCUGCCCUGCGCACCGAGGGACACAGCUGCUCUCCUCACUCACCCAGACCUUGGAGAUGUGAUGGUGUGCAGGGAAGGGACCCAAGCCAACAUUCCACUAACUGUAGCCUCACUGCACAACACCUCUCACCUCAAGUGUCCACAUUAUUUAUUUAUUUAUUUUAGUUUCUUGUUGUCCUUGAUCAAUGUCCCUCUCAUAUAAAAAGUCAGGCUCCAGUACUUGCAGUGUUGUAGUAAGACCUGCAGCAGCUUCCUGUCAGGCAGUGUUGGGUGUGACAGGUCUGGUGUGUGGUGGUCAAGGUUUGGUGUGUCACAGGAGAGAGUGGUGUUGCUCCCGGCGCUGGUGUGGCCACGAUUGGCAGCUUCUGAGUGAGUGUGGUUCUGUUUCAUAGAGAUCUAACAACUGUAUGUAAAGUAAGCCGUGUUCACAUUUAUAUUCCGUGACUUGCAUUAGUGUCCCACAGAGGCUGAAUAUUGCUGGUGCUGUGUGUCUGUCUCUGUGUUUGUUGUUGUCACCCGCUGGGACUGUCUUGCCGGUGUGUGAGUGAGACAGGAGGGAAGCUCAGCGAGACAGGCAGUGUUCAGGAAUACUUGGCAGCUGCUCACGCUCAGAAUGCAAGUGUGAAAAGUGGAUUUGUGCAUCUGUUUGUUAAAAAAUGUAGAAAUUUGGUACACACGUACCUGAGUUAUCCUAAGGUCCCACCUACCAACGACACUUGUUACUUGUUUGCCGUGUUGGUACACACACACACACACACACACACACACACACACACACACACACACACACACACACACACACACACAGAGUAACACACAAUGAUAUAUAUACAGUAUAUAUAUAGUAUAUAUAUAUAGUUAUUAACCAAAGACUUCUUAUGAUUGUUCCAUUUUCCAUCUAGUCUAUGACUGAAGUAAAGAAAACAAAAUUGA